UAUUUUGCAGCUCUAGUAAAAAUUCCUGAAUGAAAAGAGCCAUGAAUUAGGGCAGGAUUUCGAAAGCAGGCCUUCCCAGCAGCUUCUUGGCAGCGCGAAAAACUUCAAAGUGUGCAACACAUUAGCAGAUCGGUCAAGACGUUUAAUUUCGAAGCUGCGCGAUUCGCAGGCAAAGAUGUGUCUAUACCACGGACAGGCCAUUCAUGUGUAUCUGUGUGCGAGGUGUCCCAUGGCCGUGUGCGUGAGCCUGUGAGUGUGUGUGGGCACACUGGAAAGAAUCAAUAAAGGAUGUGCUGCGAAUUGCUGAGCGAGAAAAAAGGACGAAAAGUGCUCCCCAGUUGACUUUUUGGCUCGAACAACCGUUAAAAACGUCCAGCGAGUGAACAUAAAACAAAAUCGAGAGUGUGGAAACAGUUAAUUAGCGAAUUAGCGAGUGGGCUGUGCCACAGGACCUCGGGAGUCAGGACUUUGCGUUAUUUGGAUUCCUGCACACUGACAAGAUGAUGAGAUACUGCCUGCUUAUUGCAUUGCAGCUGUGUAUUGCAUACUCCGUGGAGGUGCACUUCGAAGCGCCGGACAGUGGCUUCUUCCUGAAGCAUGCCCGCCAACCACCUGUGACGCCGGAGAUCGCCAACGUGCAGACAUCUUCGGCAGUGCCGCCGCUCCGGCAGCGGUCAUCCUACGAUUCCGUGUUAUCCCUGGACCGCUUUACGGUGGUGGAGACCACUCAGCCGGUGUCAAUACGCGCCAGCUACGGACCCUUUUCCACCAAGCAGACGGUGCCCGCUCGCUACAUUGUGCCGGACACAAUGGACAGCCAGUCAGGGGAUUACAUGAGCAACGCCACUCUUCUGGAGCUCCAGCAGCCCAACAUGCACCUGGACAUCUCCGCCCAUUUGGUGCGUCCCAGCGUUUCACAGGAUGCUCCCGUGCUGCGCGUGCUCUUCCAUGCCGGAGCCGAUCCUGGUGGUCACUUGCAGCGCCAAAAGGUCUGCGUCCUUCUGCACGUGGCCAUGGGCUCAGAGCAGCCGCUCAAGGGGCGCUGCAUGCCGGAGGGCGAGGACGGUGUGUGUGUCGCCGAGGUGGUGGUCCCUCUUGGCUGGUGGCCACAGCUUCCGGCGCCCACCCAAGAUGGUAGUGGCCAGGCGCCACCCAAAGUCCCGCAGCGCUAUGCGCAGGUGUCCUACAGCGUGUUCGAACCGCCUCUACGGAAUCCCGAGCAAUGUGAGCCCAAGGUGCAGAUUCAGCCGUUAACCACCUUCGCCCAGGUUCCCCUGCUGGCCGCCAGAACUCCCUAUCGCAUGCUGCGCGCCGACGAUGCCGUGACCUUCCUUCUGCCCCAACACCCCUUGUAUCCACUGUCCCGUCUCCAUGUGCCCGUCUUUCUGCACCAGUACCCCGACCAGCGGGUGGCCGCCUUUACGGUGAGAGCUCGUGUCAAGGCGGGCCUAAGGAUUCUGGGUGCCACCGCCUCCACGGAUCAAUGGAGCGUUUCCGUGGAGAAGGAGAACCCCAAGCACACCACUGCACGAGUGACUGCCUUCCGAAAAGAAACCGAAUCUAGUCUGGAAGCGGGCGGUAACUUCACAAACGAGGUCUUCGAGGUUUUCUCUUGGCUGCUCGAGGUGGCGGAGGACUCCAAUGACAUUGUGGAUGGUGGAAAGAUCGUGUGGUCUGUGACCCAUGUUUAUGACACGCCCAAGGACAAGGACUCCGGGGAAAUGGUAAUACCCGAUGACAACAAGAAGCGACUGAUCGCCAAGCUGGAGAUCAACAAGGACGACAUUCAGGCGGUGCUGCCAAUGGCCAAGAUCUGGGAGGUGAUGAACACGGCGGUGCUGACGGGCAGGCAAGUGGCCCAGGCCAUGAAGGUUUUCAUUGUUUCGCAGGCGGGCAAGGUGGCCGACGUGACGCUUCAGAGUUCCUGUCACGCCGAAGAUGAAAGUGUUAUCAAGGUUUCCUCCUCCUGCAGCUCUGUUUAUGUGGACGGUUCCGAGCAGCGCGGCUCUUCCAAUGCCUCCGUUAUCGUCAAGUAUGGAACUUACGUGGGCGUGGCCAAGUUCAUAGUCUGGAUGCCCGAAUUUCCGCUGGAGGUCUACAUAUCCGAUUUUCGUCUCUCCCAGAUUAAAGGAUGGAAAGUCACUGAUGACAAUCACUUUUUGCAUAGCAAGCAGUCGCGACGUAGAAAGAAAAGAUCUUACGUUUGGGGCCAGCAUGGAACCAAUUAUUACAACAACCUCGGGGCAGAUAAGACAGUUUGCCGUGCCCGCUAUCAACAAAGUCCCGUGGAGGUGUAUGCCAAAUUUCUGGCAGUGGAUCAGAACUCAGGUCGCACCAGCUACUUUAUAUCAAGGCGUACAGGGUUGCGGGUCACGGAUCUGGUACAACCGCUGCUUCGUGUGGCUGAUCCCAAGAUCGCCUCGCUCAAGGGUCGAAUCCUGCAGGGAAAGUCUAUGGGCCGCACCGAUGUGCAGGUUCUGUCGCCCAUUACGGGUCGAGUAAUUGGAACCAAGGAAAUCCGCGUGGGCAGUGACAAGGUCAACCUUUCUAAGCUCAUUGUGCGGGUUAUUUCCGGCCUGCAGCUCACCAUCAGUCCGGACAACACAAUUGAGAACGGCUACCUGGCAGAGACGUCCGUCACCCACAAGCUGACUGCUCAGUAUCAGGAGGGAUUGCUGGACAUCGACUUAGAGUUCACGGAUGGCUCCAAGACUCCCUUGCGUGACAUUGCCGUGGAGGACUAUUUCCUGCUGGUGGAGAGUUUGGACACAGAAGUGGUGGCCUUUGCUCCCAUGCUGGCCUCCCAUCAUCCGCGUGUCAUAGCUGUCGGCGAGGGCAAUGGAAACCUGCUGCGCGUGACCCUGCUCCUUUCCGAGGAAUGUCGCCAGCGACGCGGCACCUUGAGCAGCUCCAAGCAGAAUAAAUCGAACGCAGCACCGCUGGCUAGUGCUUUGGCGUCCAUCGAGGUGGAUUUCAACAAUGUGGAUAUCGUGAGCAAGCAGGAGGCGAUCCAAAAUGACGGCACUGUGGGCAGGGAACGGAAGAACUACAGGCAAACGGGAGAUCUUGCAGAUAUUAUAGUUGGCAUUCCCUUGCGCGACUCCAGUCAGCUGUAUGAACCGACUGUUCAGGCGCGCCAACAUCGGGGCAGCAUUCAGGCGGUCCAUAAGGGUCAUCAUGGCAAAGGCCUCGCAGGCACUGGCACCAUGUCCAACAUGGAACUGGGCGUCUACGUCCUGCUCACGGCCUUCUCCUUCGCCAUAAUUGUGUUUGUGAUCUCCUGCGUGGUCUACGCCUCCAAGUUCCGACCUGCGAUGAUUGAAUCCGGCUUGGAUCCCCUGUCGGCGGGCAAGGGAAGCGGUUCAUCCGGAUCGGGAGGCUUCCGCGAUGUACGCUUAAAGGAGUCGACUACGAAUGCCCACGAUUGGGUCUGGCUGGGGCGCUCCACCAUCGAUCGGCAGUCCAUUGUGGCCGAAAGCAACACGCACCUGAACCCACGAGCAGAUUCCCGCAUGCGCAUCACCAGCAAUCCCAUUGUGAACUACGACAAUGGGCGACGAGUGAGCUCCUUUGACCAGCAGCCCAAGCUACAGACGCACAUUGUGCCGGCCUCCAAUUUGAACAAGCAGCACGCCGACCACUAUUUGGCCAACGAGCGCAAGGAUAAUGCCUUGGACUACAAGCCGCCAGUGCCGCCGCAUAGGAACGUGGGUGCAAGGGCCUGUCUGCCGAUUCAGCCUGUUUCCGGAUCCAGCUCCGUAAAGCAGGAUGCGCCCAACAAGCGGCACAGCCAGCUGUACAAGCGUGAGCACUUGCAGAGCAGCGACAACAAUGCCAACCAACAGCCGGCACAGCAGCCGAACCAACAGCCACCUUUAGAACGUCCUCACCCACUGGCCCAUGCCCAUCCGCACCAGCAUCAGCGCAGCCAUAGCCACAGCCACAAUUUCAGCCAGGAGCCACUUAUCAAGGCGGCGCACAACAAAAUCAAGCAGCAGCAACAGCAACAACAGCAGCAGCAGCACGAGGAGCUGCACAACGCUGAGAAGCUGGUGGAGUACACGAAUCCGCACCAAAAGAACGCGUUUCAGUUCGAUUCGCUGACACCAAAGAGAGUAACCAAAGCAGUCGCGUCCUCGCCGGCAACGCAGUCCACAGCCGUAGUCCAGGGCAAAGCUAAAGAAAACCACAGCAUGGCCAGUAGCACCGGGGAUGCUGCCAACUCGAAUGGAACGGACGAAAUCAUGCGGCUGCCAGCCAGCGCCGUCAGCCAGGAGCCCACCACGAAGUCGUCGCGUGUCAAGCGCGCCACCGUGGUGGGCAAUCCCAUGUUCUCGGCCACCGUGGACGAGUCCGUCGCCCCCGGUGAGCGUCUCGGGCUGGACGAUCUUGACAUGGACUACGAGCAGAUCAUGCACUACUUUGACAACCUAAAGGAGUCAAAUGCCUGAGUACAGGAGAUCAUUGCUAAAAUUCGCGAGAUAUUGUCCACAUUCCAUCACCGCUACCAAACGGUUGCCACGCCCCUUACCUCGCCCACUCGCAAGCAAAUGCAGCUGCUUGAUGAGCUGGUCGCCGGAGUGACAUCGGCCACGGAAAUCGGCGCAACCGCAACCAAGCCAACAUUGUUGCCCCUGGGAGAUGUAGAUGUAGAAGCUGGCGAGGCUUUCGAUGCCUACGAUGGAGCGUUGGACAUUGAGAGCAGACAGUUCUAGACGUCGCACAGAUGGCACAGAUCUAAACGCAAUUCUAGCAAUACCCCCCCGUACUCUACAACAACAAGGAAAGCACUCUUUAAAACAAUCCAUGCCGAGGUCGAGAGGAGAGGAAACCGGAAACGGGAAACCGGAAACGGGAAACCGGAAACGGAAAACGGAGUACGCAUAUAGGCAAGGCAAGGACAGAAGGAGAAACAUAUUUAUUGCUAGGCUAAGUUCAUAUUACUGCAUACACCUAUAGGCAUAUGUAAACGUGGAGAUAAUCCAAGUGUAUCUCGAGGAGCGCGUGCCUGACACAAUCGGAAUCGACGGGCAACCAUAUAUAGUAUACAACUAUCUUAUCUCUGUAACUGUAUCUGUAUCUGUAUCAGUAUCUUCAUAAGAACUAUGGUGUAGUUAAGGAUCAGCCAUCUAAAGCAUAGCUUAAUCCAGACAUUUUUUCCCCAUUUCUUCGCUUCACACAUACACACGCAUUCUUGGAUAAUGUCGCAUACCUACCUACUACUGUCUCAUCCGUCUGAUUCGAUUCUAAUCCUGAUUCUCUGUAUUCACACGAUCUCGGCCCAAACUUGCAUAUCCUAUAUCUUCUCUCUGUUGCGUGUGCGUGUGCGAGUGUGUGUGUAUGAAAGUGCUUUGUGUGUGCGUGGGUGUGCGCCAGAGAAAGUGAGAUAGUGAGAGAGUGCGAGUGCGAGUGCGAAUGUGAGGGAGACAGCGACAGAGAGAAAUAGAGAAAAGAGGAGAGUUUCCAAAAUGUGCCGGGCACCGCUCCCAAAAGUCGCUAGAACUUAAAAACUGAAUAAUAUACAUGCUAUAUACAAAUAUAUAUAUACAUACAUAUAUAUAUUUAUUAUUAUAGAGCGCGCGAAAUUUAAUGAAAAAAAAAAAAACAAAAACAAUACAAAAAGAUAACCCAAAAUGCUACAUUAUCUUAAACGAAAACUUGAACAGAAAACGUCGCUUUAUAAGUUGGUAAUUGAAGCCUAAUACCUAAUACCAAUCAUAAAUCUAAACUAGAAAUGAACCACGCAAACACAACACAAAUAAUAUAUAGACGCUUAUGAGCUUUAUUUGAUCGAUUGCAUUGAAAAGGAAGCUAAAAGCAGCUGAACAGCAGCAGAACCCUUAAGCGUAACAAACUGAACCGAACAGAAUCACAAAUAGUACGGGGAAAUGUGUAACCAAAUAUUAUAUGAUAUUACCGAGCGAUCCAAGCUUUAGAUAACAAAUUUACCAUAUUUAUAGCAUACGUGCGUAUUUAUUAUCAUUAUUAUUAUUACGGUUAUUAUUAUCUUGUCUUAUGAUUAUGAUUAUCGUAUGUAUUUAUUACCAACGAGAAAAGGAACAAGUGCAAAAUUACUUCAAAUCCAAAUCCAAAUUCGAAUGCCGAAAGCCAUACUCUACUUUGAAUAGCGAAAUUAGACACACUGUAAAACACGCAAGAAAAAUCAAAUGCCGCCAGGAUACGCCAAGUCCUUCCCCGCCUAAAAUGGCCAACGUAUUCUUAUCUAUAUAGAGAUAUAUUACGAUAUAUACGAAUAGAUAUAUAUGUAUAUUCAUUCACUUGUGUUUCACAUGCGCGCUCUCUUUUUAAGCCGAUCAACACGUAUUUAUAUGUAAUUGCAUCUGUUCGUUUUCCUUAUCGAUGAUAUAUACCCAAAAAGCUACUUCAUUCCAUUAGCAAAUCAUACUUGUAGCCACUAAUUGCGUAAUUUGUCUUCUUUCGUUUCUGUGUAAGUCUGUUUAUUUUCGUUAUUAAGAUUUGUAAUCACAUCUAUGUAGAUCUACGUAUAAGUGUCUAAUCCGACUAGUUUAUAUUUUAGAGGCCAUCUAAGUAUUAUGUUCGUUUCUCUCAUUGUUUCAUAAUCAUAUGUUGUAAAUUGUUCCGUCCAAAAAAAGAAAUGAAAAACAAAAACAAGAACAAAGCUGAAUGAAACGAUAAACAAAAGCAAGAAAAACAAAGCAAACAAUUGUAAAACGAAAUUAAGCAAUCUAUAUCUGUUUUUUUGUAAGGCUUGUAACAAAGUCCAGAAGGAAACGCACGAAAUCAAUGUUUAUAAACUAAAUUUGUAGUCCUUGAAGAGACUUUCGGACACUUAAUAUUGCACUGUACUGUACAUAACGUGUUAAAGGCGCAGUACGUUUCGUUAUACGGCAGACUCGCUGAAUAUGAUCCAAUAUUUGUUUAUCAAAUCAACUAAAUUGCCUGGGAACUGUUGUUGAAGUAGAAGUUAUGAAAGGCAAGAGGUGAAUUUCGGAUCUAGGCCUGUCCCUAUAGGAAACGCACUGAACCUAUUAUUAAUCUUAAACUUGAGUUGCUCUUUCAAGCUAAGGACUGCAAAAUCACACGCAUACACAAAAACACAUCACAAUCCUAUUGAUUUCGACCUGGAAUAUCAUUAGCGUAUAGAACUAGAUUCAAUUGUUUGCCACUCCCUUCGGCUUUCUUUGUGCAAUCCCAGUAACAGUAUAAAACUAUAUACAACAUAUCCCCGAUCCUAGUCCGCACAACAAAACAUAUACAUACAUAUAUGUAUGUAGAACACACCAACACCAACACCCACUCUCAGUCGAGCUGCACUGCCAUUGGUGAAAGUGAGAUUUAGGCCUAUUGAAGCUUCCAGCAUUUACCAGUGCCAUAUUUAUAACUUUAUAUAACUUUACCCACACACACGCCCUGAAGUACGGUGAUCAAUCCUGCGAUUGAUUUCGGCAAGCAUCGAGCUUAGCACACAAGCCUUCUUCCAAGCUUGCUUGUUAGACAGACGACAGACAGUAAAAACGACAACCGCCUCCCUCCAAAAGUAUCAAAGUAAUCUUAGCUGAUCUAUAAUUCAAUGGAGACCCCCGACAGAAAACUAGAAAAAUUUUAGAUGGCGUAGGGCGAGGAUCAGAAUUUUAAACCUAGACAAAUGCUUGGCUUCAGUUCGUGGAUCGGUUUACUCCUUCUUGAAUGUGUUUAACGAUUCCAAUGCAAAGACUUUUAUAUACCUUUUUUAACUAAAUAUUUACAUAUACACACACAUAUAUAUAUAUACAUACCUAUAUAUAUAUUAUAUUAUUGUUUAUCGUGUUUUCGACUGUAAUUUAAGGCGAAAUUUAGAUAUUCUCUAGUCAGUUCAAAACGAUUUUUUUUUUUCGUUUUGUCACCCCCACCAUACAAUCACACAGACAUACACACACACACUCAUAGUUUUAUAUAGUCAAGGCAAGCUUUUACCGCCCCCUGCCACGCCCCCGCCCCAUUAAACCUAAGCUGUAUGUACUUGUAUGUAAUAUCAAACCACAAAACAAAGAAAAAAUGCACUUACACUUUAAAAAUAAUUAAAAAAAGAAAAGAGAAACUUCUGGUUUUUUUUGUCGACCCAAUUGAAACUUGGAAAAUCAUCGAUUUAUAUAGUUAAUAAUACCUAUAUCGUGGCAAACCAGGCGCCGGCUAAGUGUAAUGCAAACAAAAAAAAAAUACAUAUAUAAUAUAAUCGAAUCGAAAAAUUAUAUAAAAGCAAGAAAAAUGAGAAUCACAAAAGUUGUUUAUGCUGCUUUUUGCAAGAAUGGAAAAUUAGGCUAUACUUAAAUAUACAUACAAAUUAAAUACAUAUAUGUUUAAAUUGAAUAUAUAUGAGUGUGUACGCUUGGCACAAAAAGUAAACCAAAUCGAUAAACAAUCCAAAAAACAAAAACUAAUUACGCUAAGGAGCUAAAAUUACGAACGGAAAGGGUUCGAGUCAAAUUGGAAAAGUACUAUACGAAAAAUAUAAUGUUUUGCCAUGUAAGUUCUAUGAAUGUCCCACCUGCCUGAUGUCCCCGCUUCGAGAUAAUGCCUAAAUGCCCCGCCCCCCCCAAAACCCCGCUUAUUUGCACCGCCCUCCAGAAAACUUCAAGCGAUAUAAAGCGAUAUUGAAAUCUAUAUCGAUCGAUCCGCCGCAUAAUUGUUAACAUUUGUAUCGGUUAUUAACGUAGUUGUUGUGUAUGUAUGUAUGUAAGUAUGUAAAUGUGUGCUUACCCCCCCAGAAAAUAACGAUUAACGGUAAAGAUAAUGACGAAGCAGAUAAUACCCAAUUCUUGUUGUUAUUGGCAGCGCAUGUCUUUUAAGAGCUAGUGAUGUAUGAUUUAUCUUCCCCCAAAUCAGAUUUUCUUUUAGCAAGCAAAACACACACACACACUCAGAUUGAUCUCCACAAAAUGCUUAUAUUACUAUAAAGUAUAUUCACACCCAUAUAUAAACAGCGUAUAAAGAUUAUAAAAAAAAAAACAAAAACAAAUAUAUAUAUAUAUAUAUAAAUCAUACCAAUUGUAUACCAUUUUCGAGCAUUGAAAUCCAAUCCAGUCCCCCUUUCAACAUAUAGAAAAAGAUCUAGGAGAAGUACACUUUUGCUUGCUGUUCAGUUCCAUCAAUCAGUUAAAGCUGAUCCUUCCGAUCGUUAGGACCUUAUUUCCCCAUCCAAUCCAGAGCAACCAAAAACGAGACGAAACGCCGAGGAACGAAUCGAAACGAAAUGAAAUUAAAUGUUGCCAUGUAAAACACUUUAGUAGUUUAUUAUUAUUAUUACUAUGAUUAUUACAAUAUUAUUAAGCGAAGGACACAUGUAUUGUUUAAACGAAAGAGGGCAAACAAA